UGCUGGAGAUCCCAGGUUCUGGCAAAUUAGUCAGAAGCAACCUCCCCGGGUCCCUCGGGUCCUUCUCGGCGCACCCCACGAGGCCCGGAGCGCCGCAGGGGGUGCGCCCCGGGCGCAGCAGCCGCGGCUGGGAGGGUGCGCUAGCAGACCGCGAUCGCAGCGAGCGCCGGUGAUUGGCAGCCCGCCGCCUCAGCCGCGGCGCCCUCCCGCCCCAGGUCGAAGUUCUGUCCCCGCCCGCUCCCGGGCCACCGCCUCCUGGUUAUCCGCCUCCGUCCACCCCAGGAGGCUGCAGGCAGCCAGCGGGUGCGCCGGGUGGGACCAUGAAGGUGGAGUUCGCGCCGCUCAACAUCCCGCUGGCGCGGAGGCUGCAGACCGCGGCGGUGCUGCAGUGGGUCCUGUCGUUCCUGGUGCUCGCACAGGUGUGUGUUGCAAUCAUUGUGAUACUGAUCAUACACAACUACUGGUUCCUUUAUGUCCCAUAUUUGACCUGGCUUUAUUUUGACUGGCGUACCCCAGAGCAAGGAGGCAGGAGAUCCAACUGGGUCCGAAACUGGACUGUUUGGAGGUACUUUAACGACUAUUUUCCAAUUCAUCUCGUCAAAACCCAGGACUUGGAUCCAGGUCACAACUAUAUAUUUGGGUUUCACCCCCAUGGAGUACUUGUGGCUGGAGCCUUUGGAAAUUUUUGUACAAAUUACUCGGACUUCAAAGAGCUGUUUCCCGGCUUCACUGCAUACCUCCACGUGCUCCCAUUCUGGUUCCGGUGCCCACUCUUCCGAGAGUAUCUGAUGAGCAGUGGGCCAGUUUCAGUGUCUAAGAAGAGCGUGUCCCAUGUGUUGAGCAAGGAGGGAGGUGGGAACAUUUCUGUCAUUGUCCUUGGGGGUGCAGAGGAAGCACUGGAUGCUCACCCAGGAAAAUCCACGCUGUUCAUCCGCCAGCGCAAAGGAUUUGUUAAAAUUGCCUUGACUCAUGGGGCCAGUUUGGUCCCAGUAUUUUCUUUUGGUGAAAAUGAACUUUUCAAACAAAUUAACAACCCUGAAGGCUCGUGGCUUCGAACUGUACAAGAGAGACUGCAGAAGAUAAUGGGGUUCACCUUGCCACUGUUCCAUGCCAGAGGAAUUUUCCAGUAUAAUUUUGGCCUAAUGCCCUAUCGGAAACCGAUCCAUACUGUUGUUGGCCGCCCCAUCCCUGUCAGUCAGACUCUACAUCCGACCCCAGGGCAGAUCGAGGAGCUGCAUCAGACCUACAUGGAGGAGCUGAGGAAACUGUUUGAGGAGCACAGAGGGAAGUAUGGGGUUCCAGAGAAUGAAAGUCUCAUUUUUAAGUGAUUGUCACGGAAGACAAAAGAACAUCAUCUUGAGAGAAUAAAUAUUUUAAAUGUUUA